CUAUAUCAGACCCCUUAUCUCUAUGUCUCUAGAGUUAGUUGAAUCUUGUGUAUAAGCACUUUCAAUGUAGUUCAAUAGAAUAGCAUAAUUCUGUCAGCAUUUUUGUGAAUAUCGAACAUACAGCAUCAUGGCGACGACGGCAACUUCAUUAUCAAUUGUUAAAGAACUUCGGAGGCUUGCCAAUGUGCACACUAAUCGUCAAUACAUGCUUCGGAACGACGUAAAUUCUCUGCUCAUAUUUACUGACCCAGAUGAGCAGCCUUCAGUGGUUAUUAUUGAAGCUUUGCAUGCAUUGCGCUACCUUGCACAAGAAGCGGUACGCAACGAACGCCAGCUUCAUCAUUUUCAAAAUACUGUCGGAUUGCAGAGUUUGCUAAACAAAAUUGCUGGGAAAGAAAAUUUUAAUGAUGAUUGUAAAAAAUUAGCGUCGGAGAUCUUGUUUUUAAGCAAAUGUAAUGUCCGUCCAGUGUCUGUUGAAAAUAACAGUGGUGUUAUUACCAGGGCUGGGAUGAGAAACGCUAGAAAAGCUGGCAAAGAACCAGUGAAGUUCUUGGGGGGUAACAAAAAAGCUAAAGUCAUAAUGCUCCAAAUCGAAGGACUUGAUGGGGAGGAUAAAAAACAAGAGUGUACAAAUGAGCUCCUACGAGUAACUGGCGUUAUUUCGAUUACGUUUAACAUGGCGUCGCAAAGAUGUACUAUCCGAGCCCGAUCUGACAUGCAUGCGGAAAGUCUUGUCCACGCAAUCCAUAACACACGGAAAAUGACGGCGAAACAAGUCAUGAAAAACGAAAGCGGGGAGGAAGUCCUUGUUUCCUUCGAUGAUGCAGACAGAUCAGACGAGUUACCCCCCUAUUUAGAAGAGGACUUGGGGGAUUCCCCUAAUAAGGAAGAAAAUAAGCAAAGUGUGGCGCGGCCUGGAUAUACAGAAGCAGUGGGAAGUUUUGCAAAGUCCUGGUUCGGCAGCGUAGUGAGUGCAGUUAAUAAAAACCUUUAUUGGUGAAACUGGUUUUAUGAA